AUGCGAUGGGACGAUCACGGCUAUACGGAACCCUCCAGCUACGAGAUUCCAGUUAUGAAACAGCGUCCAGAAGACAAUCGGCAUGGCUAUGUUGUCCAUGAUGCCUGUUGGCGUCUUCUCCAGAAAGCUUCAGAGCCCCAUGAUAUUCCUCUGGUUCGGCUUUACAAGAUUUGCAGCUCCUUGCCGUUUCCUAUACAAGGAAUCGGCGUGUCUUGGGGCCAUAAUUACGGGGGUGUCAGUAUAAUCGAUAACCAGAACUUCUAUCCAUGGGAGGACCGACUUAUAGAACAGUUUAGCAGGUCGGAAACCUAUCAACAUGCGACCUUUAACCCAUAUGACAUUCCCGAAUUACCUGACUUGCUAUCGAUGCUCCCUCGAAAGAAUCACGAUUAUCGUGGAAAUUUAGGCGCGAAUAGCAAUAAUUGCUUUUCAGUACUUCCAUGGGAGAUUCGUGAAGCUAUUGCCAUUUAUUUGUCGACUAAUGAUGUUGCCAACCUUCUAAUGUCUUCAAAAGCUUUUCUCCCGUUUUUGACCAGUCAGACGUUUUGGAGUUCUAGGUUCCAGAUUGGAGGAGAACGCGAGUCUGUCUUUGAGACCAGAGUUAGGCAGCAGCAGCCGAAAGACUGGAUCAGCCUGUAUCAAAUGACAAACGAUGUUCAGAGCCCACCGGGUUUGAAGAAUAGAAUGAGGAUCUGGACGCUGAUUAAGCCACUUGUUAAUCUGCGAUUACGAACCCCGAGCCCCUGGACGGUAGCCGCAGAUACCCAAGAAGACGCAGUUCCUAACGCUUUCUUUUACGAGGGUUGUCGACUUUUGCAAACGCAAACAACAACUUUACCUAGUGAUCUUGUCGGAAUUGCCUUUUCUGUCACAGGAGAAGAAAAUGGUUAUCUCACUGGAAUGCGUUUCAUAUCACAGGACUGUUCGCAUAUUUGCCUGGGCUAUAUUACCGAGGGCAAGGAACUCCAUCUCGAUAUUACAACAAUCAAGGGCUUCGUUUUGGCGAUGGGAUCACGAGGAAUCCAAGCUCUACAAGUCGUCCACGGUGAUGGGAAGGUUUCAAAAUGGGUUGGUUGUCCCAAAAACUCUCUAGUGACCGAGCGCCUGCUGGGUUGUGAGGCCGGAUACAAAAUAGUCCGUCUUUCAAUAGCCCGACAAGGGGCCUCAAACAUCGCUAAGCCUAUCUCACGGAAUUCUUCAUUGAGAGAAACUGCGAUAUGGUUCCCUACUAUCCCUCUUCCGAAUUUAUGUUUAAACGAUGAAUCGUUCACAGGGGAGAACCCGCUUACAGCUGGAUACCACCCGUUAAUCUGGACCCAAUUUGGAGGCCCUAAUGGGGUGCACCUUCGUUCCCUGACUGAAAUUUGUGUUACUUGUUUAGGAAACUUGUGCUCUAUUGAGUUUCAUUAUGAUAGAACAGAUACAGAAACGCCAGAAACACAAGUGUUGGGCCGUCGCACAGUAACUGAUUUUUCAGAUACUAUGAAGUUUGCUAUAGAUGGCCCGGGUGGAGAAUUCGUACAGUCUGUUGCAGUCAGUCUGAAACGUCUGGCAUGGAAAAUUGAUCUCGUUGAAGAUUUCGACAAAUCGCGGGAGAUCCAUACAUUUUCAACCUCGAGGUAG